AUGAACUUCAGAGCUAUUAUCCUUCUAUUUUUGCUGACAGUUUUGAUGACAACUUAUGCUGCACCAUUGACAGUUCUAGUUCCUACUCAAGACAUUUUUUAUACCCCACCAGAAGGAUUCGAAAAAUAUUCCAAUGGUCAUAUUCUCAAGCUAAGAAAAACACCACAUCCUAUAAGAAGAGAGAAGCAGCAAAUUAAUAUAAAGAAUUCUUGGCAAGCUAUGGUUAGAUCCAGCGAUUCGUUUGGAGCACCCAACACGAUUGUUACUACAAUUAUGGAGCCUUAUAACGCUGACCCCGAGAAAGUGGUCUCCUACCAGAUCUUCGAAAAUUCAGCAUGUGUUGACUGUCCACCUUCAUAUGGAUUACAACUUGGUGCAAAUGAUACUACUCUCUCUGAGCUGAAGGAAAUGUAUUUCAUUGAAAUAGCAUUAAAUAAGGGUUGGUUUGUCGUCGCUCCUGACUAUGAGGGUCCAAAGGCAGCAUUCAGUGCAUCGAUACAAGAAGGGCGUGCUACUUUGGAUUCAAUAAGAGCGGUAUUGAAAAGCUCGAAUACAACAGGUAUCAGUAAUCACGCCAAAGUGGCUAUGUGGGGUUAUUCAGGAGGUACAAUACCUACUACCUGGGCAGCCGCCUUACAACCGACAUAUGCCAGUGAGUUGAAAGCUAAUUUAGUUGGUGCCGCAUUUGGUGGUUUAGUUAGUAAUAUUACUUCAACAGCUGAGCUUUUAGAUGGUGGAGUCCAUGUUGGAUUAACUGUCGCAUCGAUUGCAGGAAUAGCUAAUGAAUACCCGGAUUUUAAAGAAGUCGUCAUGAAUGAUCUUUUACCUAAUAGGACCGAUCAAUUUAAUGAGAUUUAUAACUUGUGUAUGACACCUGAAGGUCCAUAUUAUUCAGAACAAAAUAUUUUUUCUGGACCUGAAAGAUAUUUUAAAAGUGGUUGGGAUAUUUUGAAGAACCCUACUGUAUUGAAAGUACUCAAUACAAAUAUUUUGGGAUUAACUAAAGACCAGGGCAUCCCUGAUAUUCCACUUUUUCUAUAUCAUGGCGAAAAAGACACAAUGGCUUCAAUUGAACAAGCUCAGAGAGUUUAUGAUAAUUGGUGUGAUUGGGGAAUUGGAUCAUUCGAAUUUGCAGCCGACGCUUCUGUUGGUCACCAUUUAGCAGCGCUCACGGGUUUAGGGGCUGCAGUAGAAUGGCUUAACAAUCGAUUGGAAGGAGAAGUUACAAUUCAAGGGUGUAGCAAAACAGUGAGAAAGUCUAACGCUUUCUACCCAGGGAUUGAAAAAUCUGUAUUUGAUUUUAUUAUUUCCACAGCAAAGAGUUGGUUUGGAAUUCAAAUUGGUCCUAGCGGGUUGAGCCCAGCACUUGGGGAUACAGGUCGCACCACUGUAGCUACCAAUAAUGGUAAUGUUGUUGUUGAUCAAGCAUAUAUUGAUAAAAUUAACUGGUAA